UCCAGGCAGGAGGGAAGACGUGGAGAGGCGCGCGUCUGCCGCAGGAAACACGGGGUCCAGAGUCCCAUUUACGAGUGAGGCGUUCCCACGAGUUAGUCUGUGGCUUUGGGGAACGCUCUUUCCUGGGCCUCAGUUUCCCCAUCUGUAAAACCGGAGUAAAUCGCGCAGAAUUGGGAUGGGAAUUACACGAGGUCCCGCGCGCUCCGAGGGCGAGAAAGGCCGGCGGCUCCCUUCGCGCCGAGGACAGGACGGCGGCGGCCGCAUCACCGGGCAGUCUCCCGACUCGCCAGGUGUGGGCUCAGCCCUCCGCUCCCUGCCUUCCUCCCCGCCUUCCUCCCCGAAGUAGGCUGGGGGCGAGGAGCGACGGGCUCUGCCCGGCACUGGCGCCUCCCGCGCUGGCGCCCCGGGUGUCUGCCCCGCCGACACCCGGAGGUGCCCGGCGCUCCCGGAGCUGGGCGCGGCGCGGUCCUCGUGACCCGGCGGACGCCUCCGGGACCUCGCCCCUCCCUCCUGGCUGUGCGCCCUGCGCCCUGCCUGGCCUGUAUUUGCCCUCCAGGCCUCAACGCACCGCGACCCGACGCCCGGCCGUCGCCUUGCUCUCCCUAGCAGGACCGCAGAGAGCAACCCCGGGGUCCGGGCCAGGGCCGACAGGCACCCGGAAAGGAGUUGGUGUGACCCGGACGAGAAGCAGAGAUGGGGAAAAAACUGGAUCUUUCCACGCUCACAGAUGAAGAGGCCAAGCACGUCUGGGAAGUGGUUCAACGGGACUUUGACCUUCGAAGGAAAGAAGAGGAGAGACUAGAGGGUUUGAAAGGCAAGAUUAAGAAGGAAAACUCCAAGAGGGAGCUGCUUUCGGACACGGCCCACCUGAGCAACACGCACUGCGCCCGCUGCCUGCAGCCCUACCGGCUCCUCGAGACCCCCAAGAGGCAAUGCCUGGACUGCGGCCUCUUCACCUGCAAAGGCUGCGGCCACAACCCGGAGGAGCAGGGCUGGCUCUGCGACCCCUGCCACCUGGCCAGGCUGGUGAAGAGGGGCUCCCUGGAGUGGUACUACAGACAUGUGAGAGCCCGCUUCCAGCACUCCGGGGGUGCCCAGGUAGCGUGGUCCCUCUGCGGGAGGCUGCAGGGAGCAGGUUUACCUGACCAAGUGCUGCGCUCACCUGACGUCAACAGUGGGCCUGAGCCAGGCCCCGGAGGGAGAAGUGGAGACAGCGAGCACACGGAUGAGGACAGAGAACAGGACACAGGGGCCCAGGCCCAGCCCGUUGGAAGCAAAAAAAAGCGCGUCCUGCCCGUUCACGGCUUGGACUUCGAGGCAGACUCUGACGACUCCACUCCGUCCUGCGGGCACCCCCCAAGCCUGUCCUUGGUCUCUGUGGCCGCGGACAACCCGCAGGCCCUCACAGAUGAGCCCUGCGUGGAGGAGACCACCUCCCAGGAGCCCGUGGAUGAGGCUGAUGCCAGGGCCUCUGGGUGCCACCCCCGUCCAGAAGGGCAGAUGGCCAGCCUCUCGCCUGCCGGACCAGACGCCCUCGCUGAGCUCUGCCUGCCAGGAGAGUCUUGCACGAUGGCCCCGGGGACGACUGCGACACCUGGAACAAAUGUCCUCUGGAUUGAGCAGCUCCCAUCCCACUAUCUGGCCGACGUGGACACCUCAGAUGAAGAAAGCGUCUGGGCUCAGAGGGUGGCCUCUCACCAUCCCAGACGGAGAGGCCAGACCUUGUCUGAGAAGCAGCGCUUCCAGGUGACCGACCGGCUGAGAUCAGCCACUCGUCCAUCUCAGUGUCCAGUUGGCAGCAAGCCCAUGGGCGCCGACAUGGAAGAGGCGGCCCUAAAGAGAAGACUGGAGGCCUUGAUCAGCCGCGCCGGUGACCAGCGGGCCUCAUCCGAGGAGGAGGGCAAGGACGGAGGGGCGGAGCAGGGCAGCAGCGUCCCCAGCGAGGACCCCCCCGGGGCCGCCCCGGAGGUGUGCACGGCUGCAGGCCAAACGCCCAGCCGGGAGAAGGGGGCCCGUGGCCCCCAGGACCCCGUGCAGCCCAGCAGGACCACAGACGAGGAGCUGUCGCAGCUGGAGGACAGAGUGGCCGCCACGGCCUCUCAGGUGCAGCGGACAGAAAGCGAGGUGUCAGAUAUCGAGUACAGGAUUGCAGCCUUGCAGGCUGCAGGGCUCACUGUGAGAACCUCGGCAAAGCCCCGGAAGAAAUCCAGCCUCCCGGUGGUGGCUGUACCCUAUCCUGUGAGGAGAAAGCUCAGUGAUCACCCCAGAAGUCAAGACAAAGAUGAUGACUCUUUCGAUCGGAAAUCCGUGUCCCGCGGAUCCCUGACACAGAGAAACCCCAGUGGCAGGAAGGAAACCGCCAACCACAGCAUUGCGAAACCCGUGAUGACCCACCAGCCCUUAAACGGGAGGUUCGUCUGAACGGGACAGAGCAGGAGUGGCGCCGGUCCUUUCCCUCCACCUCGGCCUCCGUGUCCCUCCACCUGCCCUGCGUUUUCCAAUGCACGCAGCCCAGUGGAGGAACGAGAAGAAACCCCAUCUGUGAGCUGACGGCGGUUCUCAGGCCGUCAGCUCUUCACCCACGUUCUUUGAUGACCUCCAAGGCCGCCCCUGCCCACCUGCUCUGAUCCGUGAGAAACAUCUAAGCUGACGCGUCUUUCCUUUAGGGUUUAAGCUUUCUGAAGGACACAAAGAAGCUCUGUUCAGUGAUCUUCUACCCCUUUCACUGCUGGCUUUCUUAUGCUGCUUUCAUGACCAGAAUGGAAAAGGGGUGACUCAGUGACCGCACCAGCCAUCUGUACACUCCUGACUGUGUCUGUCGGAGCCAGGGCAGGUGUGUGGGUGCGACUGGACGUCAGGACAAGUCACUGAGCUCAUGUCCAUCUGAAUAAGAGGGUGGGAUAGACCCCCGCAUCUCCUCACACAAACACACCUAGUCUGCAAUUUCCCAGCCUGUGCUUCACAGGCUGGGAGAAGGGACACCGUGGUCGAGGACAGAGCAUGCCAGCGGCAGCAAGUGAGCAUUUGCUCAAAGCCCGGGUGCAGGUGCAGACCGCCUGCCGGGAGGCACUGGCAGAGUCUGGACGGGCGGGGCCCAGCCUGGCACUGCCACUCGCUGCGGUGGAAUCCAGGAGGCCACUUGCCGUCGGUCCGCAGAGGAUCUCCAAGUCCUGCUCAGCCUCGGACAGUCUGGGUGUCUGUGUGGCUCAUCCAGCUUGAAGGGGAGCCCGCUGGGACCCCCUCCACAGCUGCCUUGAGCACAGUAACCCGUCUCCCCUCGCUGAGCACGGCUGCGUGCUUCAGAGGGACCGGUUUACUGAGUCCUCGGAACAGCGCACUUUGCAGAGGAGGGAACAGAGCCCCGAGUGUGAGGCAGCCUCCCCUGUGAUCCCUGAUACGUUCCAGAGUGACGGGGUCAGCUUUGAGUUUGCUCUCUCAAGUGGUCUGGUGUCUGUGUUCUGUGGUAACUGAAAGAAGAGGUGAAUAAAUGAUGCCCAAGAGCCUUUGAUACGAAGACUGACUGUGGACACAGCCCCACCCAUGGUUUACAGAUUCUGCAUCACGAGCUCCCUUCACGUUUCCACUGAGCCUAUAGCAUCACGGUCACCGCAGAGACCGUGUCAUCGACGGGCUGGCCCAUGGCAGCUCCAGUGCGCUUUUCAGAAUCAGCAUCUGAGUUGAUCUGAAUGACGAGGCUUCAGGUUGUGCUGGGAUUUGCAGAAAAGAUGGCUCUGAAACUCCUUCUCAGAAUGAAAGCUGCUUGAAAUAGUCAGCUCCUAAUUCAGCGCUGAAAAUGAUUAAAGGAGUCCAGUAAGCCAAA